AUGACAGAUCCGAUGAUGGACUUUUUUGAUGAUGCCAACCUCUUCAGUGAUACCUUAGAAGGUUUGUCAGAUGAUGCCUUUGUACAAACUGGACCUGUUUCACUUGUAGAUGAGUUGAACUUGGGUGCAGAAUUUGAGCCUUUACACAUUGACUCGUUAAACCAUGUGCAGGAAACACAGACUGAACAAAAGAUGAAUGAUUUUGAACGGCUUAAUCAGUAUGAUUCACUGAAGCUUCAAGUCAGUCAGUCCUUCAGCAGUCCAGCUGAAAAUGUUUUAUCACCACACUCGCAAUUUAAUUGCUCACCCAUUCAUCCCCAAAGCCAAACAAAUGGGAUGUUUCCAGAUGUGGCAGAUGGAAGCCCUAUGUGGGGGCAUCAGACUUCCACCAGUGUUUCUAAUCAGAAUGGAUCCCCCUUUCACCAAGGACAUUCACAGUCUAUGCAGCAAAAUAAAAGUUUUGUAGCACACCACGAUUUUGCCUUAUUUCAGGCCGGCGAGCAGCACCAUCCGUGUGCCUCACUGCAGUCACAGCAAAACAGAAACAGCGUUGAUACAGGAGAGGACACUCAGAGUCAGUCAGACAACUUCAUGGAAGUUAAUACAUGUAUUCCACAUAGAACCAGUGCUCCCCACCCACCUCAAGCUGCUAAUCUGUCAAAUUCUCAACAGUCUAUUUCCAUUCAAUCAUUUUCUCAGUCUGCAAAUGACUCGCCACACUAUUGUGAUAGUCAAGAAGGAAGCUUUGGUGGACAUUCUCCAAGUAUAACUCCCUGCUCUGUUAAUAGUACACAGUUUUCUCCUCCUUAUUCCUACUCUAGUAACCGCAUCUCUCCUACCGGUCUUCUGCAGUCUUCUACAGCUCUUUCUGCCAGUCAACAGACUCAUCCUUUAUCUGAUUUUGCACCUCAGACAGGGACCAAGCAUGAAAAUACAGAAAACAUCCUAAACUCCAGUCCAUCUUUGAAUUCAAAUAAUUUCCAUGUGUUGCAUUCAACACAUCCUCAGGGCAACUUCAGUAGUUCAAAACUUUCUGCAGUGAACAUUAAUUUUUCUGUCCCUGCUGGCUCUGGUCCUCAGAUGAGCCAUUUCAGUGAUGGUAUAGAAGGUAAUGGUUUUUCAUCUUUGGAUGAGAACUUGCUUCGUCAAGUUGAGUCUCAAGCUGAAUCCUUUACAGAGCUUGAUCCAGAAUCUCUCCUUCAAGAAGAUCUUCUUCCACAGUUUGAUGAAUCAGCUUUUGUUCAGGAUAGCUCAAGUAACGAGCUAGAACAUGACCUGGAACAUGUUACUCCACAAGUGACACAGUUGCACAUAGUAACGAGACAUUUGCACGUUGCUCGGACACAGUUGCAAAAUUGCAACCAUCCCUGGAAUAAUUCUGGUUCUAGUCAGCAUCCACAGGAGCGAGAUCGUAUAAAUGUUCAAGGGCAGCCUCCUUCCAGCAAGAAAACAGAUGGUUCUGGGACAUAUCCUAAGUUGUCGAAUACCCAGGUGAAGGCAAUGUCUGAAAGGAAACAGAAAAAAAAAGUGGAAUCUGAAAGCAAGCAGGAGAAAGCCAACCGAAUAAUAUCAGAGGCAAUAGCAAAAGCAAAAGAGAGAGGGGAGAGAAACAUUCCACGAGUAAUGAGUCCAGAAAACUUCCCAAGUGUUUCAGCAGAAGGAAGAGAAGAAAAAAAAGGUAGAAAAAUCAAAUCAAAACCAAAAGAUAAAGAAAGCAAAAAACCCAAAACUGGCUCUUCAUCUAAAACUAAAGAGAGAGCAAAAAUUAGCAAGCUUAUUAUUACUCUGGGUAAAAAGCAGAAGAGAAAAAAUGAGUCUUCAGAUGAAAUGUCUGAUGCUAAGCAGGCUUCUCAGCAGCCAUUCAAAGAUGAAGCUUCUCAGGAAAAUCCAAGUGAAGAAGAUGCAGCAAUUGUAGAUAAAAUUUUAUCUUCCAGAAUCAUAAAGAAAGAAAUUCCUGGGGGAGUGACAGUGGAAGCAGAGGAAUUUUUUGUUAAAUACAAAAACUACUCCUACCUCCAUUGUGAAUGGGCCACAGAACAACAACUUUUAAAGGAUAAAAGAAUCCAGCAGAAAAUCAAACGUUUCAAGCUGCGGCAAGCACAGAGAGCCCAUUUUUUUGCAGAUAUGGAGGAAGAACUUUUCAAUCCAGAUUAUAUUGAAGUAGAUCGGGUGUUAGAAGUCUCCUUUUGUGAAGAUAAGGACACUGGAGAGCCUGUUACUUACUACUUAGUAAAAUGGUGCUCAUUGCCGUACGAAGAUAGCACAUGGGAGCUGAAAGAAGAUGUAGAUCAAGGAAAAAUAGAAGAGUUUGAACAACUGCAGGCUUUAAGACCGGAUUCAAGGCGGCUGGAUCGACCUCCUCCUAAUUCAUGGAAGAAAAUAGAACAGUCCAGGGAAUAUAAAAAUGGCAACCAACUCAGGGAAUACCAAUUGGAAGGACUCAACUGGCUCCUUUUCAACUGGUACAAUCGACAAAACUGCAUCUUAGCUGAUGAAAUGGGUCUUGGCAAAACCAUCCAAUCAAUCACUUUCCUCUAUGAAAUCCUCCUGACUGGCAUAAGAGGGCCUUUCCUGAUCAUAGCUCCACUUUCCACCAUAGCCAACUGGGAAAGAGAGUUCCGCACGUGGACUGAUCUUAAUGUUGUGGUAUAUCAUGGAAGUAUGAUCAGUAGGCAGAUGAUACAGCAGUAUGAGAUGUACUUCAGGGACUCGCAGGGUCGCGUCAUUAGAGGUACAUACAAGUUCCAAGCCAUUAUCACUACCUUUGAGAUGAUUCUUGGUGGCUGUGCAGAACUCAAUGCCGUUGAAUGGCGCUGUGUUAUUAUUGAUGAAGCACACAGACUGAAGAAUAAAAACUGUAAACUGCUGGAAGGACUCAAACUUAUGAAUCUUGAGCACAAGGUGCUGUUGACAGGCACACCACUGCAGAAUACAGUAGAAGAACUUUUCAGCCUCCUUCACUUCCUUGAACCUUUACGUUUUCCAGCAGAAUCUACUUUCAUGCAGGAAUUUGGGGAUCUUAAAACAGAGGAGCAGGUGCAAAAACUGCAGGCUAUCUUGAAACCAAUGAUGCUGAGAAGGCUAAAAGAAGACGUGGAGAAGAAGCUGGCUCCCAAGGAAGAAACCAUUAUUGAAGUUGAGCUCACAAAUAUCCAGAAAAAGUAUUAUCGAGCUAUUUUAGAGAAGAACUUUGCAUUUUUGUCAAAAGGUGCAGGCCAAGCUAAUGUGCCCAACUUAGUUAAUACUAUGAUGGAACUCAGGAAGUGUAGUACCUCCGAGGUACUAACGUACAGCCCAACUGCUUCUGAUUUCCACCUACAAGCAAUGAUCCAGUCUGCUGGGAAAUUGGUUCUCAUAGACAAACUUCUUCCAAAAAUGAAAGCAGGAGGCCAUAAAGUGCUUAUCUUCUCUCAGAUGGUCCGCUGUCUUGAUAUUCUUGAAGACUACCUUAUACAUAAAAGGUACCUGUAUGAGCGAAUUGAUGGAAGAGUAAGGGGGAACUUGCGUCAGGCUGCAAUUGAUCGUUUUAGCAAACCAGACUCUGAUCGGUUUGUGUUCCUUCUUUGUACGAGAGCUGGUGGACUGGGCAUUAAUCUGACUGCAGCUGAUACGUGCAUAAUUUUUGAUUCUGAUUGGAAUCCUCAGAAUGAUUUGCAGGCCCAAGCCCGUUGCCAUAGGAUUGGUCAAAACAAAGCUGUGAAAGUCUACAGGUUGAUAACUCGGAACUCUUAUGAGAGAGAGAUGUUUGACAGAGCAAGUCUGAAGCUGGGCCUGGACAAGGCUGUCUUGCAAAGCAUGAGUGGAAGAGAAAAUAGUGUUGGUGGUAUACAGCAACUCUCAAAGAAAGAAAUUGAAGACUUGCUUCGAAGAGGUGCUUAUGGUGCCAUUAUGGACGAGGAAGACGAGGGCUCUAAAUUCUGCGAGGAGGAUAUUGAUCAAAUCUUGCAACGUCGCACAAAAACUAUCACAAUUGAAUCUGAAGGGAGGGGCUCAACAUUUGCCAAGGCUAGUUUUGUUGCAUCUGGAAAUAGGACAGAUAUUUCAUUAGACGAUCCCAAUUUUUGGCAGAAGUGGGCCAAAAAAGCAGAAAUAGACCUGGAUGCCAUCAGUGGCAGAAAUAGCCUGGUCAUUGACACUCCCAGAAUUAGGAAACAAACAAGGCCAUUUAGUGCCACGAAAGAUGAGCUUGCUGAAUUAUCUGACAUUGAGAGUGAGGGGGAUGAUAAACCAAAACUGCGGAGACCUUGUGAUCGCUCCAAUGGAUAUGGAAGAACAGAAUGCUUCAGGGUGGAGAAAAACUUGCUAGUCUAUGGGUGGGGUCGUUGGAGAGAGAUUCUGUCACAUGGACGUUUCAAAAGGCAGCUAAAUGAACAAGAUGUGGAGAUAAUUUGCCGAGCCCUCUUAGCUUAUUGCCUUGUUCACUACAGAGGAGAUGAAAAGAUAAAAAGUUUUAUAUGGGACCUCAUUACACCAACUGAGGACGGGCAGACUCGGGAGCUGCAGAAUCACCUUGGUUUGUCAGCCCCUGUCCCCAGGGGUCGAAAAGGAAAGAAAGUUAAGACUCAGGCCAGCACUUUCGAUAUACAUAAAGCAGAAUGGCUUCGAAAGUAUAAUCCGGAGCAUCUAUUGCAAGAUGAAGGGUAUAAAAAGCACAUAAAGCAUCACUGCAACAAGGUCUUACUUCGAGUUAGGAUGCUGUAUUAUUUGAAACAGGAAGUCAUUGGUAAUGAGUGCCAAAAGGUUUUUGAAGGAGUUGAAGCCAGUGAAAUCGAUGUCUGGGUCCCCGAGCCAGACCAUUCCGAGGUGCCCGCAGACUGGUGGGAUACUGAGGCAGAUAAAUCUCUCCUCAUAGGAGUUUUUAAGCAUGGUUAUGAAAAGUACAAUACAAUUAGAGCAGAUGCUGCUCUUUGCUUCCUGGCAAGAGUGGGGAAACCCGAUGACAAGGCAGUUGCUGCUGAGCAAAGAGCAAAUGAUUACAUUGAUGGAGAUGUAGAAGAUCCAGAAUAUAAACCAGCACCAGCUAUGUUUAAAGAUGACAUAGAGGAUGAUGUGUCAUCACCGGGGGACCUCAUAAUAGCAGAUGGAGAUGGCCAGAUGAUUGAAGGGGAUAAGCUUUACUGGCCAACACAGUCUGCCUUAACAACACGUUUGCGUCGCUUAAUAACAGCCUAUCAGCGCACCAGUAAGAACAGACAAAUGCAACAAAUCCAACCUGUGUUUCCAGUUCAGGCUUGUGUGAUUCAGACUCCGUAUGAAGAAGCUUCUCUAAAUCCAAAAAUGGCUGCCAAAAUUGAAAGACAGCAAAGAUGGACACGAAGGGAAGAAGCUGACUUCUACAGAGUGGUUUCCACGUUUGGUGUUGUGUUUGAUCCUGAUAGGGGUCAGUUUGAUUGGACCAAGUUUAGAGCCAUGGCUCGGCUGCAUAAGAAAACGGAUGAGAGUUUAGAGAAGUACUUGUACGCUUUCAUGGCCAUGUGCAGAAGAGUCUGUCGCCUGCCUUCAAAAGAUGAAUCCAUGGAUCCAAAUAUUUUCAUCCAACCAAUUACUGAAGAACGUGCAUCUCGAACUUUGUAUCGAAUUGAACUUCUCAGGAAGGUACGGGAGCAAGCUGUCCGUCAUCCACAAGUAUUUGAGCGCUUAAAACUUUGCCAGCCAAAUCCAGACCUACCAAUCUGGUGGGAGUGUGGGACUCACGACUGGGAUUUACUGGUUGGAGCUGCAAAGCACGGGGUUAGCAGAACAGACUACCACAUCCUUCGGGACCCUGAACUUUCAUUUAUGUCAGCCCAAAGGAGCUACAGUCAAAACAAAGCAGCACUUUCAAGAACUCCCACCCCAAUCUUGCAUCCGUAUCAGAUGGCAUUGUCCGCCUCACCCCUCACCCCUCAGGCAAGGCUGCUAGAUGCUAAAGGAAGCACACUCGAGGAUGCAAAAGUUAAGAAUGAAAACCAUAAAGAAGAGCCUCAUUCUUCAGGAGACGAGUCCAUGUCUACCGAUGAUGUGCAGACAGGAAUAAAGACUGAGCCUUUGAGUCCAAAGAAUGGCACACCAUCACAUUCUGCAGACCACAGAUCUGUUGUGAAAGCAGACAACGACAGGCGCAUGGUUGCAGCAAGGACAGAGCCCCUAACUCCAAAUGCUGCUUCCAAAAAACAGAGGGCUAGCAAGAGAGAGUCGGACUCCAGCUCCGAUUCAGACUCUGAUUCAGACCGAUCAUCCUGUUCUUCCAGAUCGUCUUCAUCCUCGUCAUCUUCUUCCUCUUCUUGUUCACGCUCCAGAUCUAGCUCUUCAUCCUCUUCAUCUUGUUCUUCAGCAUCAUCGUCGUCAUCUUCCUCUUCUUCGUCAUCCUCUUCAUCUUCCUCCUCUUCAUCUGAAGAGAGUGACAGUGAUGAAGAGGAGGCACAAAAGAGAGAAGGAGCUCUUCACUUGAAAGCAUAUGAUGAAGAGAGUGUAGCUUCCUUGAGCACUGUGCAGGAUGAAACGCAGGACAGUUUUCAAAUGAAUAAUGGAACACCAAAUUCUAAUUGUCUCUUACAAGGUGGAUAUAUGUUGGCUGCUUCCUACUGGCCAAAGGAUCGAGUUAUGAUCAAUCGUCUCGACAGUAUUUGUCAAACAGUCUUGAAAGGCAAAUGGCCGUCGGCAAGAAGAAGUUAUGACACCAACACCGUGGCUUCUUUUUAUACCACCAAACUUCUAGACAGCCCAGGGGCCGCUGCAGACUACAUUGAGCCCAGUGUACCAACUCCCCCAAGCGCAGAUGUUAAAGAAGAAAAUGAUCAAUCACCACAGAUGUCAAAGGUGAAGAAGCAUGUACGGGAAAAGGAGUUUACAGUGAAAAUCAAUGACGAAGGUGGUUUGAAAUUAAUUUUUCAGAAGCAGGGACUUUCUCAGAAAAGGCCAUUUGAAAGUGAAGAAGGCACAUUAGGACAGCAGCAAUACCUUGCCCGACUGCAUGAACUACAGAAUGCUUCAGAGAUGAGCCUUGCUAAUUUCCCAAAGUCUUUGCCAGAAUCGGGAACAUCCAGUCAGUUGACAACUAGUGCAAAUGGAGUUAUAGCUGAUGACCAGCCUGCGGUGAAAAAGAGGCGGGGAAGGAGAAAGAAUGUGGAAGGAGUUGAUAUCCUGUUUAUCAACAGAAAUAAAACGCCUAACCAUGUUUGUCAUGGCAUCAGUGCCCCUCAGGUUGCUCCAGGCAUAAACCCAGCUCUUCCGUAUGCACAGUCCCAAGGCUUGUGUGAUGCAGAAAGCCCAGUUCCAGUUAUUAACCUGAAAGAUGGAACAAGGCUUGCAGGUGACGAUGCCCCCAAAAGGAAAGAUUUAGAGAAAUGGCUUAAAGAACAUCCUGGCUAUGUUGAAGAUUUAGGAGCUUUUAUUCCUAAAAUUCAGCUUCACGAGGGGAGACCCAAACAAAAAAGGCACCGUUGCCGAAAUCCUAAUAAACUGGAUAUUAAUAGCCUUACUGGAGAAGAACGUGUUCAGCUUAUCAAUAGGAGGAAUGCUAGGAAGGUAGGAGGUGCUUUUGCUCCUCCACUGAAAGACUUGUGCAGAUUCCUGAAAGAGAACCCUGAAUAUGGAGUAGCUCCUGAAUGGGCAGAUGUUGUGAAACAAUCUGGAUUUCUUCCCGAAAGCAUGUUUGACCGCAUUUUAACGGGGCCUGUUGUACGAGAAGAAGUGAGCAGGAGAGGAAGGAGGCCUAAAAGUGAGAUUGCCAAGGCAACCGCAGCCGCUGCCGCCUCCGCAACAGCAGCCAAUGUUCCGGUCAACCCUCUGCUAGCCAAUGGGCUAAUCCCAGGAGUGGAUCUGUCUACCCUUCAGGCCUUACAGCAAAACCUGCAAAACUUUCAGUCACUGCAAGUUACAGCAGGUUUAAUGGGAAUGCCUGCUGGCCUGAACACUACUGGGGAAGCUAAGAACAUGGCCGCCAUGUUUCCCAUGGUGCUUUCAGGAAUGGCUGGCUUACCGAAUUUGCUAGGAAUGGGCGGACUCCUAGCGAAGUCUACGGAAUCUGUUCCUGAAGAGAAAAAGGGAAACGAUUCCAGAGAGCCCGAAGGAAGGAAAGAGAGGACAGAGAGCCAAAACGCACAUAACGGUGGAGAAAACUCUUUGUCGGGUUCUCCUUCCACAUCUUCUACUGCUGCGGCAGCUGCCAGCCCCUUAGCUCUUAACCCCUUACUGUUGUCCAAUAUACUUUAUCCAGGGAUGCUUCUCACUCCAGGCCUUAAUCUCCAUAUCCCAGCUUUGUCCCAGUCUAAUAUUUUUGAUGUACAGAACAAUGAAAACAACGGCACAGGUGUAGCUAAGUCAACAGCAAAGGAGGAGAACUCUAGCGUUGAAGGUCAAGACGGAAAAAGGGGAACAGAGCUUAGCUCUCGCAAUGAAAACAGCACAGAUGAGGGUUCAGAGAAAGCAGAUGCUUCCUCUGGAUCAGACAGUACAUCCUCCUCGUCUGAGGAUUCAGACUCUAGUGAUGAAGACUGACCCCAGACCCUGCACUUAAAUUAUAAACUGGUUUUGGAUUUAUUCUUUAAUUAUCUCAUUGUAAAUAACCCGGUGUUGAGUGAGUGCAUCAAUAAUUUACUAACCGAACAUUUCAGUAUUUGUUUAGAAGUGCAAACUGCUUUCAAAGACAUUUUGCAUGUAAUUUCUUGAAUUUCCU